UAUAAUCACACAGGCUCACAUCAGAUGGGAGGUUAUCUUUGCUGUCUUCUCAGAGUUGGUCAUUUGAACUUUUGACUUGAAAGAUGGACGCUGCAAGGACAAAGAAAAGGCCUCGGCGAUAUUGUGACCAUUGUGACACUGAGCUAAGUCAUACACAAUAUUUUGCCCACAAGAAGCGGUAUUUCAGAAGAGGAGUUUGGCAGAAAGUAAACAAAUUUCCGUCAUCUGUCCCCAGCGGACAGCGUGAGGACCCUGAAAAUACUGGUAACUUGGCUGAAGUUGAAAAAACAGUGCACUCUUUGAAGACAGAAGUGGACUUGGUGGAGGAAAACGACAACAUUCAACCAGUCACUGAAACCCAUCAUGGUGACCAAAGCAUUCACCAGUACAUGGACUCAGGCGAUGCAGUGUCUGAGCAAGAAGAGGCAGACUUUUGUUAUGACGAUGAGUUUGUGUAUGAAGAAGGGGAAAGCCUUGCUGAUGUCCAGAGUGAAACCAGUCGUCAUAUUCAAGAUGAAGGUUAUGGGGAGGAUCAGUCCAACCGUGAAAAACCACAGGACUUGAUGAUGAUACUUAAUGCUAUCAGUGGGGUGUCUUGUAUGAUGACAAACACGAUGGAAGACAUCAUAGCAAGGAUCAACCAGAGAUUCGAUGGGCUGGAGGUCAGAUUGGAUGUUGUUGAGAAAGAUUUGGAGUCAUUGCAGUCCAGUAUGUCACAGUCCAACUCGACAGAAGCAGAGGACACCCCGAAGAGAAGACGGGUACUAAAUCCAAAAGUUGCGGAAGCAGUUCGUCGCCUGCACAACUCUGGGCAAUCCCCUUUCCGUUACAAUCCAGAGGAAGGGUUGGUAUCUCCUCACAAUCUGGAGACGACAUGCCGCUUGAGGGAGGCAAUUUCUAACAGUCCGGAAUUCAGAGAAGUAGAUGACGACACCAUCACGGCUGCAUGCAAGACUUACUUUGAGAAUGUGCGGAGGAACUAUCGAUUCAGCCAGCCUGAGCAUGCAGGAAAGGCGGAAGCUGCCAAGCUGUAUGCUAGAAGUCGCUCCAGGAAGAAGAGGCUCCUGGAUGCGAGACGUAGUGUCCUGCGGGAUGGUGAGAGUGAAAUCUUCAAAAGUGCUACCGUAGACCUUAUGUCAGAUGAAGAAGAUGGCAUCGUCAAUGGUGUGGCUGGGUGGAUUGUUCGACCACCGCCUUCACGCAGCCAAGAGCUGAGCGAACUGUGUGCUGUGCUACAGGCACGGUUGGAGGCAAAUCCGAAGUACAUGGAGUCUCGCCACAGCAGAAGACUGAAAGAGUAACCUCCUGGAAGUGAGACGGCAGGAUGUUGAGGCUGCAGUCUUAAGAGUGCUCCUGAGGACCAUUGGUGACAGAAAGGGGGAUGCAGUGGUGCAUUCGCAUCCCCAUUUUUGGGCUCCCUUAAUGAGGCUUUCUCAACUUUUACUGCACACAAACGAGUGGAGUGAAGCAGCAGGAACAUUUUCUAGAAAUAUUGAAUCAAGAAAAAAAAUGCACCACCACUUUAAAAUUGGUGGCUAAUCCCAAGACCAUGGAGUCAUCUCAAUAUAUU